AUGUCGAUGGCGAAGAAAGCUGCUAUCGUCAAGCUCGUUGAAAGUGGCCGAUCGCGGGCAGAAGUUGCGAAAGAGUUUCAAAUUUCCAAACAGACUCUUUCGGACUACAUCAAAAAUAAGCAAAAGAUUUUGGAGGCAGCGGAAAAGUCUACUGGAUCUCGUCAGAAAAAUGUAAGCCAAGGCACCUACCCAAAGCUCGAGGAGGCCCUUCUCGUAUGGCUGAAGUCAACAGUGGCCAGCAAGGUUCCCGUCUCCGGGGGCCUCCUCAAACAAAAAGCUGAGAUGAUGGCGCUUCAAAUGAACAUUGAAGGAUUUAAGGUCAGUGACGGCUGGCUAAGAAACUUCAAGAAGCGCUUUGAUCUCAGUUUUAAAAAACUGUGCGGCGAAAGUGCAGCUGUUGACCUGAGCGUCGUUGCGAACUACCGCUCUGAAAAGCUACAGUCCCUUUUACAGGAGUACUCGCCAGAUGAUACUUUCAACUGUGACGAGACCGGACUUUUUUUAAAGCUGAUGCCAGAAAAGACUCUUGCCUUUGCUGGCGACCCUUGCCAUGGUGGCAAACACAGUAAGGAGCGAGUUACUGUACUUAUCGGUAGCAAUAUGUCAGGCACAGAAAAACUGCCGAUGCUCGUCAUCAGCAAGUCGAAAGCUCCGAGGUGCUUCAAAGGCGUGAAGUCCCUGCCUGUUUUGUACGAGGCCAACAAAAAAGCCUGGGUGUCUGGAAGUGAGCAGCUCAUCGACGACCUUCGCAUUGCAGGCAUCGAGAUUCCCUCAAAUGUCUCGUUUUCUGAGUUUGCCGGUGUGGACAGCGAGUUGGAACUGUGCGCUGGCCUCACGGAUGAAGAAAUUAUUCGCCAAGUGCUUGCGGAGUCUGAGAGCGACGACGACGACGACUUACCUGCAACAGCGCAGCUGACGCAAGCUGAGCUGAUGCAAGCGGUCGCAACUCUUUCGUCGGCUUACGGCGACUCGACGACUCUCGCCGAAAUUCAGGCGGACCUGCUCACACAGAAGCGAAGCAUGGUUCAGAAGAGGAUUAAUCACUUUUUCCACCAUCUGGCACAAUAG